GCUCGACGGGCGAUUUUACGCCCUGCUGUAACAGGGUCUGUUAAUGGAUGUCAGAGGGAGUCGAGCGGCGUGUGGAGAGAUAAACAUGGAGAAAAACGUCGGGUCGCUUCAGGAGCAGGCUCUGAAGAGAAAAGAGAGACUCAAAGCGCUGAGGGAUAAAAAACUUCACGGACAUGAGCAGGAAGAUGAGGAACCAGAGAGCAAAAAGGCGGCACUAGAGGAGACUCCUGAAGAAAAGCACAGAGAGCUGAAACUGAGGAAUUACACUCCGGAAGAUGAAGAGCUGAAGGAUAGGCAGGUACCUAAAGCCAAACCAGCUUCAGUGGAAGAUAAAGUAAAAGAUCAGUUGGAGGCAGCAAAUCCUGAGCCCAUAAUCGAAGAAGUGGAUUUGGCCAAUCUUGCACCAAGAAAACCAGAUUGGGAUCUGAAGCGUGAUGUGGCAAAGAAACUGGAAAAGCUGGAAAGGCGAACGCAGAGAGCCAUCGCCGAGCUCAUCCGGGAUCGGCUGCGAGGCAGUGAGGAGGAGCUGGCAGCGGCGGUGGGGGCUGUAGGAGCGGAGGAGGGAGACUCGGACUGAAUACGUGAUGCGACGGGGAAACUAACAGAAACUGUUCACUGUGCUUUCAAAUGCGAGCUGCACACGUUGGUUUCAUCCUGCAGAGGACAGGGUUGGAUGUGUUUGUUUUUUUUUCUCACCUUCCUAUGAGUCAUGUGUUUCAUAUAUGGUUUCUGAAGGUGUGUGUUAUAUAAUGUUUUUUAAACAUUUGAAAUAAAAUGGCUGUUUUUUUUAUGUCUGAAUUUCUUUGUUAACAUAAAUAAAGCUAGUAUAGAAGAUGUUUGGAUUAAACAUCGGUUUGUAAGCAGAGACUUGAGUUUGUGC